GAAUUUCCAUAAAACGAUCAUAGCGCCGCGGUUGGUUGUGCAUGAUUCACGACAUCUCACCUAUAUGUUGUAGAUAGAUUAUUCAAAACGUUCCGAUCUUUAUCGAUACAGACAGACAGACACAAGUGACAAAAAUUGUGAUUUUUUUUUGUGGCAAGUGCGUGUGUGCGUUUGUGGUGCGAGAAGUCGGGCGAAGCAGAAAUCCCACAGCAAAAGAGUUCACAUAUUAUUCAUCAGCAGCUAGCUAAUCAAAAGAAGACGAAGAAGAAUAAAUAAAAAAAAUUUUUCUUUUGUUCGCAGUUGAAAAAACAAAUUUGAAAAACAAGAAGUGCCAGAAAAUAUUUUGAAAACAUCAAUAUUGAAAAAAAAAUAUUCAAAUAAAAGAGAAGAAAAUAUAACCAAAUAAAGAUUUUCCAAUUGCGUGAGUGAUUGUUGAGCAAAGAAAAGGAAAAGUAAAACAGCAGGAACAACAACAAGCACCCCCAUCGAAAGCGACAAAAUGAAAUCUUUCAUUGGUCUAUUCGCUGUCACCUUGCUGGCUCUGAAUGGCGUUUUGUCAUUACCAGCACGCAAUCCAAGUGAUGAUGCCGAAGUGAUUGGCUAUCCUCGCCGUGUAUCAACCAAAGCCGAAACGGAUGAUGGUGAUGACUUCCAUGAUUUUAAGGGAGUAAUUGAUACCGGAUCUGGUUAUCCUUUCCUUCAACCCAAUCCAUCGAUACUUAAUUUCGGAUUCUUUGAUUCAUUUGAUGAUAUUUUCCGUCGUUUCAGCGCUCGCUUCUGGCCCCAUUCCUUGUUGGGACGUGGUGAUGGCGACAGCGAUGAGAAUUCCGGCUCUGAUACCUUUGGCAUUUCGACCAAUUUCGAUCCCAAAAAGGGUAACACCACAUCAACAGUAAAGGUUAUCGAUGGCCACAAGGUUGAGGUGAAUGAGACCGUCUACGGCGAUGAGCAUAGUGUCUUCAAGGUGCGUGUUGUCAAUGUACGUCCCUUGGAAGAUGGCGAAACUGUUGAGGAGACCGUGCGCACGGGAGCUGAUGGUGAGGAGGCAACCAAAAACGAAAAUCCCGUUACCUCUAGCCCCGAGUCGAACAAACCCACCAGAGAGAGUACCGAAGAUGACGAAGAGGAUGAUGAUGAUCGCCGUGAGCCCUUGGCCAAGAAAACCAAUGACAAUGAAAUUGAACGCAACAUUGAUGAUCCUGAGCACUCGAAGGAAAACAUUGUCGAAACACCAGCAGCAACAACAGUAACAUCCUUAAAGGAAGACAUCGACUCGGAAGAGACAACAAUGUUGCCAACCAAUGCUGAAGAAUUGAAUUUCGUUGUAGACAACAGUGUCGACGAGGUGGAGGCUGGGGCAGAAGAAGAGUUGAAUGCCAACGAAAAUAACAACGACGGAAACGGAAAUAACGAAUUUGAAACCAAUAUGUCGUCAUCAUCGAUGAAUGGCGGCGGUGCAACAAUUGAAAAUAAUGAGGAUGCCGAGGAUGUAAAUGACAACUUAAAUGAAUCGUCCGCCUUGAAUAAUGCUGAAGAGUUUUCGGAUAGACGGAAUGAAUUCGACAGCAGCGAUGACGAGGAUGACGAAGAUGUGAAACACUCCAAUUAUGAUGCCGGCGCUUCUGCUGCCAUACGCACCAAGCCCCGUGAAGAUAUUUCCUCCUCCUCCGACGAUGAGGAUGAGGCCGCCGACAUGCAUCCCACAUUCUAUGAUGAGUGGGGCUCAGCACCGAAUAAAGAAAAUAAUGACUUAAGCAAUGACAUCGAUGUCUAUGACGUGGAACCAGUUGAUUUGUCCAAUGACAUUGCCGUUAAUGAUGCACCCGAUCUCCCAAUAAAUCCGGAUGCGGAAUUCAUUGAUGUCUUUGGUGGCAAACAGAAACUGGCCGCAAUGCCCAAAUUUGAGAAGUUAUCCUUGAGUCAGCCGACACAAGAUGAAGAUGGCUCAGAAGAUGAUGGAGAACAUUUAUCGUCAUUUAGCGGUGAAAUGAAAUAGAAAUGAAAGGCAAUAAUAAUAGUCAUGUCACUCACUAACACUCACACACACACACCCACCCACUCAAUCACCGCAAAUAACAACAACAAUAGUUAUCUAAUGAAAGAAUGAAUGAAUGAAGAGCGAAGAAAAAAACGAUGAGAUUUUAUUUUUUUGUUUUUGUAUUUAUCUUUCUCGAAGCACAAAUGUUUUUAUUGGAUAAUUA